AUGAAAGGUUAUCUACAACAAAUACAAAAGGAACUCGAUAGAAUAGCGGAAGAAACAAAUUUAAAACUAGAGAGCCAGAAGAAGGAAAUAGAAAUUUUACAUGAACACAUAGUAACUGUGGAAGAUAAAACACGCAAAGAGAUACAAGAGGGAAAAGAGAAUAUUGAAUGGAAACUGGAGAGAGCUUUACAAGAAGGUAAGGUCUACACAAAAAAGGAAAUUAAAUAA